GUUCAGUCUUCUCUCGGAUCUACCCUGUAACAAACCACCCCAACGUUAAUUUUUUACCCCAUCUUCCGCCCCAUCAUUACGCAACCCCAUUCAAUAAGCAGCUCCAAGCAUCGUCAUCAUCCGUCACAAGCCCACUUCGCGCUCUUUAUCAUUUAUCCUUCCCUUCUGGUAGGGCGAGAAAAACCGACGAACCAAGAGACCCUUGAUUUCUUCUUGUUCUUCGCCUGUACUCCAUCUUAUUACUAGCGAUAGACUCAACUUCAGACCUCGAUUCUCUUGUCAUCACCAACAAAAGCCAGUCAUCCAUCAUCAUGUGCUCUGCCGACAUCUUCCUCGGCGUCCUCGCCAUUCUCUUCCCCCCGCUGCCUGUCUGGGUCAAGUGCGGCAUCUGUAGCGCCGACUCCCUCAUCAACAUCCUCCUCUGCAUCCUCGGCUUCAUCCCCGGCCUUCUCCACGCCUGGUACAUCAUCGCAAAGUUCCCCGAGCCGGCGUACGAGUACGAGGCCAUUCCCAACGAGCACGGAGGCGGCCGUGUCACAUACGUCUACGUUCAGACGCCCCAUGCCGCUCACUGCCAGCAGCCCAAGCCCCAGGAAGAGCAGGGCCGCAUGAACUACGGCACUACCUCUCGGCCUGAGCAGCACCCCAGCCCUUCUCCCCGGCCUCAGCAGAACGGUGGUGCAAACUCUGGAGAGGGCAGCUCUGAUCCUCAGGGUGUUCCUCCUUCGUACGCCGAGGUUGUUGCCGGCGACCACAAGGUCCAGACACGCGAUUAAACGGGAAAAUGCAGUUUGUCGCCAUCAGUCUACCAGACUAUCCAACAAUCCCAACGGAUACAGAUGCGGAUCCAUAUAACAGCGCGGCGAUACAAAUAUAUAUCAUGCUGCAAACAAAGGUCGGGUGGAUGGAGAGUAGAGGAGAUGAUGCGUUGCCCCUUUAGCUGCUCUUUGUUUAGAUAUCUGGGCUUUUCUCUUUUCUCAAUUUUUCCUUUUCCUUUCUUAGUUCUCUUUCUCUUUCUUAUUAUGUACCACACAAAGCGUUGAAUUCACGAACAUGUCAUGAUUAGGAUCAAAGGGUUCUGCAUUGUUUCUCUAUGCGGUAGGAAGAGACGGCGUUAUGGCCGAACUAAUAGUCCUGUGCUACUUAUAAUAAAACUGAUCAAACCAAUCCAAGGCAAUGAAAUGUCCCGUAUGUUUAUU